AUGACAUCAUCUGAUCUUAAAUGUCAAAAGAAUCGUGUGAUUUGCUUAGGACAAAAUACCAAAAAUAAAAUUCAGCAAUACGAUUUACCUCACCGAUUUAAUAGUAAAUUAUCUGGUAAUCAUUUAGAAAACAGCCAUGCUCGCACAAACAGAAUGCAGAAUUCUGUCACCUACAAUGACAGUGCAUCACUUGAAGAUGAUGACGAAAUCUACGCAAAUUGUCAGUCCCCACCAAGAAAUAAAUUGAGCAACAUGUCCUUUGUUGUUAUUAUUAGUAAAUCCAUUAGUAAAAAUGCAUCAAAAACAUUUAUACAUGCAAAAUUUGCAUGUACAACUAAAUUACCUAUUAUGGAAGAUGGUUCUCCGCAUUCGAUUAUUAAACAUCACAAAUGCGGAAGACAAACCGGAAGACACUCGACGUGUGGCCAGCUUAAAUCCCAGUGGAAAUAUCGUAACUACAAAUGGAGGAAUUUAAAGAAUAUCCAAGAAUUUUGGCCAGACCCAUCUGAUAAGCAGUACCAAAAGUCUGCAUUGUUCACAUUGUUUGAAAGUGUAGUUUAUCAGGAAAUAAAUGCAAUGCAAAAUGGACAAAUGCUUUGUGUAAUUAGACAAAAUAAUGUCACUCUCUUUCCAAAAUAUUUAAUUUAUUUCCUUUUCCAGCAGGACCAUUUUCGAUUUAGAACCCAUCCAGUUAACAGUAGUUACAGUGAAAAAGUGCAUCUGACCAAGACCUAUUUAUCAAACAGAGCUUACUCUACAUCUGUUGAAUGUUAG